AAAUAGCGACCUGACCGCCCGUUCUCUCCCACACAACCAAAAAUCUCUCUCGCCCACACGCUCUGUCCAAGCGCUCGCUAAGCUUCAAGGAACUAGCCAAGGAAGAAAAGAAAAGAUUGUUUUGGUGUUUGGCUUCUGGGAAAGUUUGAGAGAGAGAGAGAGAGAGAUAGAUAAUGGCGUCGUCGACCAGGGUAGAUCUGGACGGAAACCCAAUUAAGCCAUUGACGAUUUGCAUGAUCGGAGCCGGUGGGUUCAUUGGGUCCCAUCUAUGUGAGAAGCUCUUGGCCGAAACCCCACAUAAGAUUCUGGCUCUGGAUGUUUACAACGACAAGAUCAAGCACCUCCUUGAGCCCGAGCAUGGUUCUCCCACUUUGGCCGAUCGAAUCCAGUUCCACCGUAUCAAUAUCAAGCACGACUCUCGUCUCGAGGGUCUCAUCAAGAUGUCCGAUCUGACGAUUAAUCUUGCGGCGAUCUGUACUCCGGCGGACUACAAUACUCGCCCGCUCGAUACCAUUUACAGCAACUUCAUCGAUGCGCUUCCUGUGGUGAAGUAUUGUUCGGAAAACAACAAGAGGCUCAUUCACUUUUCUACUUGUGAAGUAUACGGAAAAACCAUUGGAAGCUUUCUUCCUAAAGAUAGUCCUCUUCGUCAGGAUCCUGAAUACUAUGUUCUUAAAGAAGAUGCCUCCCCCUGCAUUUUUGGCCCUAUUGAGAAGCAGAGAUGGUCAUAUGCAUGUGCAAAGCAAUUGAUUGAAAGGCUGAUUUAUGCUGAGGGUGCAGAGAAUGGUCUUGAGUUUACCAUUGUGAGACCUUUUAACUGGAUCGGUCCUAGAAUGGAUUUCAUACCUGGAAUUGAUGGUCCAAGUGAAGGUGUUCCGAGGGUUCUGGCAUGUUUUAGUAAUAAUCUCCUACGCCGAGAACCACUCAAACUUGUGGAUGGUGGCCAGUCUCAGAGAACUUUUAUUUACAUCAAAGAUGCAAUUGAAGCUGUUCAGUUGAUGAUUGAAAAUCCUGCUAGGGCCAAUGGUCAUAUCUUCAACGUGGGCAACCCUAACAAUGAAGUUACAGUUAAGCAGCUUGCUGAAAUGAUGACUGAGGUUUAUUCGAAGGUAAGUAGUGAAACUCCACUAGAGGUACCCACCAUAGAUGUUAGCUCCAAAGAAUUCUAUGGUGUGGGAUACGAUGACAGUGACAAGAGAAUUCCCGACAUGACCAUCAUUAAUAAGCAGCUUGGCUGGAACCCAAAGACAUCACUUUGGGACUUGCUUGAGUCAACCCUCACCUAUCAGCAUAGAACAUAUUCGGAGGCUGUUAAGAAGGCGACUUCUAAACCAGCCUCGACCAGCUAAACAGUGGUUCGGUCAUGGAUGGCACUUUAAAAAAGGGAUUCUUCUGCUUAGGUGUGCUGCAGUUCAGCAGGUGUUCGUUCCAAUUCAAUCUAUAGGGAUGUCUUUAAAGGUAUAUUAAUGGUGGAUUCGAAUAUACUCUACAUUUUUUUUUUUUUUAUUUUGGGCCGCCUUUUUUUGUUCUUUCGGUGCUUCCGGUGUCGCUGGUCGAUAGUUCACUGUAGAGCUCAGAGUGUUUGGGAGAUAAUCUUCUCUGUCUGGACAGGGUUUAUAGACUCGGUUAGGGAUGAACAAUAUGGUAUUACUGUAAUUUGUUUCUCAGAGCUUUGGCUAGGACAUGCUGGGGGGCCAUUAUACGAGGAAAGCUGUUGUCUGUUCUUUAGGUGCUUUGCUUGCUCCAUUAUUUUGUUAAAGGCUGUGUUGUAUUAAUUAGUUUUUGACCCUCUCAGACAGGCCUUUGUCUUAUUUUUCCUAAUUUAUUAUUAUUUAUUAAAUUUUAAGCAUCCAUAUAA